GAUGUGGGAUAGGGAUCUGGAUGGUGGCUGGUGUUGAGGGAAGAGUCGAUCUGUGGACGUCACCAUUCCUAAACACCGCUAGAGAAUGUGGAAUGGUGAAUGAGAUGGACAGCCGGAUUCCUUAUGAUGACUACCCAGUGGUUUUCCUGCCUGCCUAUGAGAAUCCCCCAGCAUGGAUUCCUCCUCAUGAGAGAGUGUACCAUCCAGACUACAAUAAUGAGUUGACUCAGUUUCUUCCCCGAAUUGUCACACUAAAGAAGCCUCCUGGGGCUCAGUUGGGAUUUAACAUCCGAGGAGGAAAGGCCUCCCAAUUAGGCAUCUUCAUCUCUAAGGUAAUUCCAGACUCUGAUGCACAUCGAGCAGGACUUCAAGAAGGGGACCAAGUUCUAGCUGUGAAUGAUGUGGAUUUCCAAGAUAUUGAGCACAGCAAGGCUGUUGAGAUCCUGAAGACAGCCCGUGAAAUCAGCAUGCGUGUGCGCUUCUUUCCCUACAAUUACCAUCGCCAGAAAGAAAGGACUGUGCACUAGAGUUGCAUCCCACAGCCUUCCAUGUGGAAUCUGCCUGGACAAGCUGGCUAGGCCCAAGGGUAGCCAGUUGGGAAAUUGUACUCCCUACUCCUCCCUGGCUUAGUGGGUGGGAAAGAUGGGGAGACAGCUCACCAACUGCAUUACAAAAGAUGUACUGUACUUUGAAUUCUGUACUUUUCUAAAUGAGCUUCAUCCUCUGAAAGGAAAAAGAUGAUAAUGUCUAGAUUUAACCUGUAGGGAGCACAGCUAGAAGACACCAGACAUUUAUUAGCUAUCAUGGGCUAGGUGCUUAUACACUAUCAUUUAAAUUGUAAAUAUCAGUAUAAAAGUGAAUCUUAGGGACCUUCCAACUGAUUUGGCUGGCCAUUUUAUCUAAUCCUUGUACAACCAAAAGUUCCAAACACUUUGGAGACUCUUGAUGAGACACUGUUCUUCCCCUUUCUUCCUCCUACCCCAAAAAAGUAAAGCACAAGACUGAAUAAAUGUGGUGAGUUGAAUGAUA